AACGAGGCAUAACGAGCUAGGUCGUUAAGUGAUUGUCACACUAGUUCGACACGUCAUGUACAACUUGUUAAAUUUAUAAAUUAAUCAGACAUAAUUGACAGUGUAUGGAAAUUAGUAAUCGAUUAUUUGUAAUUAUUACCAACUCGAUAAAAAAUAAUAAAAUAGUGUAUUAGAGACAAGGAAUAAUAAAAGUAUAAAAAAGUUAUUGUGAGUGUGCAUGGUGUUAAGUCGGUUGUCAUCGCGACAUAGAAUCCCAUUGAAUUAGUUAAACUGUGAACGUUUGACGUCAAAGUGACUUCGACAAAGUGCUUCGCGGACAAAACGAAUCAGCAGCAGCAGUAUCCCUGCGACGUCAUUGUCAGUAUCAAUGCCAAGGGAACUCCAAGUAUUGAGUUGAGGACAAUCUCCGAUUUGUCCUCAUCGAAUCUCGACGGUGCCAACAAAUACUCGGAUCCUGAGCGACUGACCACCACCCUGACUCGUCACUAUGCCACUAUGAUGGAAAGUGAUGGGACAUUGGGCCGUGUGCCCAGCAAUGGGGGCCGUGGACUGCGCCGUCAACGGUCCCUUGAAUGGCGAGAACGGCGCGGUUAUGGUGCUAGCGUACACUCAAGUAGUGAUGAUGAAGAUAAUAAUCGUCAUGCUGUUCCGACGUCUGUUUCGUCACGAGGUGGACGAAGUCCUGGGCAUGUUUUUGCAUCACUUUUAGCUCAGCAAUAUUCUGGUACAAACGAUCGUACGUAUCAUCGUACCGUUUCAGACACUGAGGGUGGAGUGACGUCAGAUAAUCCAACGACGCCAUUUCCAGCAUCAGUAGCAGGAGCAGUACCAGCAGCAUUGACGCCAAAUCACCGGCAGGCUUCGCCAUUUCCCAUGGAAAGCACAAAUUCCCGACGACAUCAUUACAACAACAGUGUGUCGUCGGAUCGAUCGCGCAACGUCGCCAACGGCGAGGUGAUUUAUGCGGCGCCCAGCAAGAAAACGAGCUCAGGAAAUAGUGGGAACCCCAGCACCGGGGGCGGCAGUGUGAGCGGAGGCACUCUAGGUAGACGGUCUCGUCGGGGCCAACACAACAGCGCUUUAAGCUCCAGCUCGACUGCCAGUGAUCGUUCUGAGACCAUUUACAAUGACGAACACUCUCACAUGCAUCUCAAUAAUGAUAAUGGCCGAGACUCGCCACCGGAGCCAGCACCUCCGGAAGUCCCGCCACGUGGUCCUUCUUUGCUAGCGACACACACUAUACGUGCCGUACAGCAAAAUCGAAACGGAUGUCCUGGAAACGCUGCUGGAUUCAACUUGCCGUCGGAUGACGCACAGUCGGAAGCUUAUUCGGAGUACUUGAUGUCAGGAAGUCCUAGAAGUUACCCGGUGCGAUCACCUGGAGUUGCUUCAACGCCAACAGUAACGAGAAUGCCGCCUUCACAGCAGCAAGUGACCGUUGGUUCACUAGGCGGAAUGGUGGGCCCAGGAAACGGAACAGGAACGACUGGAGCCCAGGGUCAGCCUCUAGUGAUGCCUAGUUUUCCUCUCCGUGCAGCAGUAGGACCUCACUAUUCACCAUAUUCGCCAUCACGGUUCCACAUUGACAAGCGUUGUCAGCACAGAUGCUCCUGGAAAUGUUUCUCAGUUGCAUUGAUCCUUCUCACUGUUGCUCUCACAGCAAUACUAGCAUACUUUGCUGCCGUGAGUUCAAUGCGGCCAAUAGACAACGCCAAUUGUAUUUUGGACCAAGAUUUGAAAACAGUUACCCACGAGAAUACAAACAUCCACGAUCCGAUUUCAACCCAACUGCCGACAGAAGAGUCCCUUCCAACGAGCACGGCGGAGCACUCGAGUGCCUCAGACAGCAGCAGUGGCGAGCAGCAAAGUGACCCUCAGAUCCAGCAGUCAGCCCAACAAUGGCCAGCAGUCUUGGAACUAAAGGCGUACGAUGUUGCCCACUUUGCCACGAUAUUACCCUACAAUUUUUGGCAUUCCGAGUUCCGUAAUAAGCAACCGGCAUUCAUCAGACUCAACUUGACACUACCCUGGAGUGCGAAUUUUGCUGUAUACGGCAGACGUAAUGUCGCCCCAAGUGUCACCCAGUAUGAUUUCGUUAAAUUUGUACGCGGCGGAAGAGUAGAUCAGAGAUCCAAGCGACAAGUGAUACCCGGUGCUGUCAGUUUUAUGGAGGAGUCAAUUAUACAUGAGGAAGUACGCUCUGUUGACGAUCGUGUGAGUCCAGAUAAUCGGGAUAACGAGGAUGAUAUCGAUAACUACCAGCAUAUCUUGAUGAAGAGGCAAACACACGAACCACUGUAUGUCAAUGUCAGUUUAUUACAGUACCUCGAUACCGGACGCUGGUUCCUAUCUGUUUAUAAUGAUGAGUUACGGCCAUACAAAGUUACGCUCGUUGUCACCGAAGCCGAGGGUGUUUCUACAACAUGUCCUAAUGAUUGUUCUGGACGUGGAUCAUGUUAUCUUGGGAAAUGCGAUUGCAUUGAUGGUUAUCAGGGAGCUGAUUGCAGCAAAAGUGUUUGUCCAGUUCUAUGUUCAUCUCAUGGACAAUAUGGAGGUGGGAUUUGUCACUGUGAAGAAGGGUGGAAAGGUUUAGAAUGUGACAUUCCACUGGGUGAUUGUCAGGUUCCUGAUUGCAAUUCACAUGGACAGUGUGUUCGUGGCUCUUGUGUCUGUAAUCCCGGAUGGAAGGGUGAAUUCUGUGGAGACCCGGAUUGUCGAGAUCCAACAUGUAGCAGCCACGGAGCGUGUGUCGCGGGUAAAUGUUACUGCAAAGCAGGCUGGCAGGGAGAAAAAUGUGACCAAGUGGACCAGAGGAUCUAUCAGUGUCUUCCCGGAUGUUCAGACCACGGGUCCUACGACCUAGAAACCGGAGCUUGUAUCUGCGAGGAGCAUUGGACUGGCGGUGAUUGUUCCCAAUCGAGUUGUAGUCUCGAUUGUGGAUCUCACGGGUCAUGCGAGCAAGGUCUUUGCAAAUGCCACGACGGUUGGACGGGUACCAAAUGUGAUCAAAAGCCAUGCGACCCCCGUUGCGCCGAACACGGCCAGUGCAAAAACGGCACUUGUGUUUGCAGUCAAGGAUGGAACGGACGCCACUGUACUUUACCUGGAUGUGAAAACGGUUGUAGCAGACACGGAAUAUGUACACUUCAAAAUGGAGAAUACAGUUGCGAGUGUUCUGGUGGUUGGGCUGGUAGAGACUGCAGUAUUGAACUUGAGACUGAAUGUAAAGACGAGAUAGAUAAUAAUAAUGACGGAAUGAUGGAUUGUUUCGACAGCGAAUGCUGUUCGCAACCAGCGUGUUCAAAGCACUUGAUGUGCUUAGUGAGCAGUGACCCGGUAGAAGUACUUCUCCGCAAACAGCCGCCCAGCGUAACGGCAUCCUUCUGGCUGCGCGUAAAAUUCCUCAUCGAGGAGAAAAGCGUCCAGAGUUACGUCCACGUUGACGAGUAUGACGAAAGUGCGUUCUGGAGUUCCUUUACACCGUGUCGAGUCGCAGUGAUGCGGGGCCAAGUUGUUACGGAACAAGGACUUGGAAUAGUAGGAAUACGUGUAUCAGUCGACAGGACAUCACGAUUUGGGUUUACACUGACACGCGCAGGUGGAUGGUUCGACAUUCUGGUGAAUGGUGGAGGAGCAGUGACACUUCAGUUCCAGCGUAACCCCUUUGAUCCACUCACUAGGACGGUGUUUGUGCCAUGGAAUCAAAUAGUUGUGUUGCCGCCAGUCGUAAUGACUUUGCCCCAGGAGCGUAAAUCCCAUAAAUCCAAUCUACCACCUAUUCCAGCUGUUGGAUUCCCUGGAUUUCCUGGUCUAUCGAUGGGGCUCUUUGUCAGCAAUGGAACUUUCCGCGAGCCCUGCAUGGAGCACAAUCACGAGACACUUAGACCAAUAAUUGUGGGCACAUGGAUGCCUGAAAAAGUCGGAGGGUUGCCAGGACGGAGUUUAGUUUUAGCAGAAACUCAGAUUGUCCAAGAGAGCAUACCAAUACCCGGUUCAAACGUCCAUUUAAUGUACCAAAGUAGCCAAGCAGCCGGUUAUUUAUCUACUGUCCGUAUGCAACUGACAGGGCCAGUGAUUCCCGUAUCCCUUACUCAUGUCCACGUCCACGUUGAAAUAGAAGGUUCCGUGCACACUAAAACCUACGAGGCAGAUCCAAAUCUCACUCAUACCUUUGCUUGGAACAAACGUAACGUUUACAAACAAAAAGUAUACGGAGUAGCGCAGGCUCGUGUGUCAGUAGGUUACCAGCAUUCGAGUUGUCCAUCGAUAAUAUGGGAGACACAGACCGCGACUCUUCAAGGUUUUGACGUCGACAUAUCGGACGUAGGUGGCUGGGGAUUAGAUAUCCAUCAUCACUAUAAUUUCCAUGAAGGAAUUUUACAAAAAGGUGACGGUUCCACGCUUCAUUUCAAACAGUAUCCGCGUACUGUUAAAGUUGUAAUGGGAACUGGUUUGCAGCGUAGCUUAGUUUGUCAAAAUUGCGACGGUUUAGCUAAAGACGCACGUCUGCUGACACCAGUAGCUCUUGCAAGUGGUCCAGAUGGCAGUAUAUAUGUUGGUGAUUUCAAUUUAGUACGUCGUAUAACGCCAAAAGGCAACGUAUAUACGGUAUUAAUAUUAAGCGCUACCCAAGUUGCUUACCAGUAUUAUCUAUCAGUAUCACCGGCGGACGGACAUCUGUACAUAAGUGAUCCGGAGAAACAUCGUAUACUAAAAGCCCUGUCUCUAGAUGAGGUUCCUGAUCCUAGCAUAAAUAUAGAACCAGUUGUGGGAAGCGGAGAACGUUGUAUACCCGGUGAUGAAGGCCACUGUGGUGAUGGUGGUCCAGCGAUACUUGCUAAGCUGGCUCAUCCCAAAGGCAUCGCUAUUGCCGCAGACAAAACAAUGUACAUUGCUGACGGUACUAAUAUACGGGCGGUUGAUCCUGAUGGAAUAAUUCAUACGCUUGUUGGACACCAUGGUCAUCAUAAUCACUGGUCACCAGCCCCCUGUGUUGGUGCUAUCCCUGCUCAUCAGGCACAGCUUCAGUGGCCUACUGGCUUAACACUCAGCCCAUUAGACGGCACACUACAUUUCAUUGAUGAUCGACUUGUACUCAAGCUAACAAGUGAUUUAAAAGUACGUGUAGUUGCCGGGACUCCUUUGCACUGUACCAGUAGCGCCAAUACCCAGCCAGAUAUGAAAAUUAACUCGACUAUUGGAGGCAAUGGCAGUGGUAUAAGUUACAAAAAAUCUGACCAAGUUUUAGGUUCCGUAUUAGCUGUUAGUUUUAGUCCAACUGGAGAUCUCUAUAUCGCUGACAGUGAUUCCCAUCGUGUUAAUUCAAUUCGGGUGGUUGAUUCAUCAGGCAAGAUGUCACAUUACGCUGGUAGGCUCCAGGAACGUCUUCGUGAUCAGUGUGAGUGCAGCAACUCAACUAAAAAUAUUAUUAUAUGUCCUUGUAAUGAAGAUACCAGUAGCACAGAGACUUUGCUAUCUUCUAAUGCUAAAUUUACUGCAAUAUCUGCACUUGCGGUUACGCCCGAUGGUGUUUUACAUGUUGCUGAUCAAGGUAGUCUUCAUAUACUGGCGUUACAGCCUUAUUUACCGAGUCUAGAAGAAUCAGGAGAAUUUCAAAUACCCUAUCCACCGUCUAAUGAGAUUUAUGUGUUCAAUAGAUAUGGACAGCACACUGUCACUAAAGAUUUGACUACUGGGACCACAAGGUACGCGUUUUUGUAUUCUAAGAAUACGAGCUUUGGAAAACUUUCAACAGUGACCGACAGUGCUGGUAAUAAAAUAACAUUCCUACGUGAUUACAGUGGAGUUGUGAGUUCUAUUGAAAAUACUCAGGAUCACAAAUCAGAGUUGAAAAUAUCCGGAAUUGGAUUUCUUGUUAAAUUAUCAGAAACAGGUAGAUCAGAGAUUUCACUGGAUUACGACAGUGAGACAGGUUUAUUAACCAGCCGUUGUGGUGGUGGUGAAACUUAUAUAUACAAUUACGAUACAUUGGGACGGGUAUCAAAUAUAAUAUUGCCAACUGGUGAAAAUAUUAAAUUGAUAUCUGGGCUAUCAGAUAAUGAAGCUCUUUCAGUAAAAGUUGAAGCGCCACUUCAGGCGUUAGCCAAAACAAAUAAAAAUCGUGUUAUUGAAUUUAAAAUCCAAAAAGAACGAUCUAAUAUAUUGACAAUAACAGACGCCGCAAAAGUAUACCGCGCAACUUCAUUUCCAAAUAAUAAUAGUCUUCAAGUUAUUUUACCUAGCGGCGGACGUAUACUAACUGCAGCAACAACAAAGCAUCCGUUGCUUGAGGCUGCGUUGCCUGUUGAAGCUGAAAUGCUACCUAUGUGGAGCUACCAAGUCCUUACACUAGGUGAAUUAAUAAAUACUAUGACAACAACGUAUAAUUUAGUUGGAGAUGUAAGUCAUCCGCAGCAGACUCUAAAUCGGGAAAUUUGGGUCAAUGAUUCACGUGUAAUAGGCGUUAAAUUUGAACAAUUAUUGAGACGUGAAACAUUUUAUGUUCAACCAUCAAAUCCAUUAUUAAAUGUAACAUUUGAUUUAGCUGGUUUACCAUUGAGUUGGCAGCCUCAGUACGGACACAGUCUUAACAUAACUUAUGACAGAUUCAACCGUAUUCAAACCUGGCAAUGGGGGGCGUCUAAUGAGUCAUAUAAUUACGAUCGUCGUGGGCAGUUGUCUGAGGUUACAAAUAGCCAAGAUGGUACCAAACGUUACACAUACAAUGACUUCAAUGCUCUGUCUAAAAUAACUCUAGCAAGUAAACGGGAAUUCUCAUUGGAGUACGAUGAGAACGGAGGACUAAGACACAUUAUUUUGCCAGCAGGUACACGGCACUCAUUCUCAUGCCAGGCAUCAUUGGGAUUCCUUCGCGUUACUUACACACCACCAGGCAGUACCAGAUCCUACUUACAGCACUACAGUCACGAAGGAAACCUUCUGCAAACUGUUUUCCCCGGUGAUGGGGCACGUAUUGUUUAUCGUUACCAUCCUUGGGGCCAAUUGUCUGAAAUAGUUCAUGGAGAUGGAAAAAGUGAAAUACGCUAUACUGAAAGUGGACUUCCCUCAGAGGUUAUUCAUACGGAAAAGGACGUUGAGUAUCGAUGGGACUAUCAGUACAGCGCAGGGCUGCUAAUUGAAGAGCGAAUUGAUUUUGAAGCUAAGACAGGACUGAGUAAUGCUAAAUUUACAUUUGACUAUGAUGCCAAUUACCGUUUGAUUGCGGUACAGGGUAGAAUUGGCGGACAAACAUUGCCUGCGCACACUAUGGCUUAUAGUUCUAAAACCGGAGCACUAGAACAGAUUGGACAGUUCAAAGUUAACCGGCCAGCUGCUAAUGAAACAAUUGUUUACGACGGUACAGCUGUAUUUUCACGCGUCACUGAUAAAUAUUUCCUUGAAACACAAGUAAAGGUAACAAUUCACGGUCUAGUUGUUUUUAGAAUGGAAUUUACUCACGACUCUAAAGGACGGAUUAAUCAAACACGAACAGACACCAGCAAUGUCGGAGUAAAUACUUAUACAAAUGUUAAAAAUUAUACUUGGGAUUCAGAUGGUCAGCUAACGGGAAUCGACGCCCAAGAACCAUGGGGCUUUCGCUACGAUGGCAAUGGCAAUAUGCUAUCACUUACUUAUCGUGGCAACACCAUUCCAAUGGAGUACAAUAAUCUUGAUCGUAUUGUUAAAUUUGGAGACGGACUCUACAAGUAUGAUAAUCGUGGUCAAGUAAUACAAAAUGCUCGAGAAGAGAGAUUUAAUUAUAAUGCAAAAGGUCUGUUAAUAAGAGCGACAAAAAAAGGCCGGUUCGAUGUCAGAUAUUAUUAUGACCAUCUAGACCGACUGGCAACACGUAAAGAUAAUUACGGUAACGUCACCCAGUUCUUUUAUAACAAUCAAAAACGCCCGCAUGAAGUCAGUCAGAUUUAUAGCCCAAGAGAUGGCAAAGUUAUGUCUCUUAUUUACGACGACCGCGGUCAUUUGAUUUAUGCCCAAAUAUACCGUCAUAAAUAUUAUAUUGCUACGGAUCAAUGCGGUACCCCUAUUAUGAUUUUUAAUCAGUAUGGCGAGGGCAUUAGAGAACUUAUGAGAUCUCCGUAUGGACAUAUUGUUUAUGACUCUAAUCCUUAUCUUUAUUUGCCGGUCGAUUAUUGUGGUGGACUUUUGGAUAAGGUUACUUCGUUGGUUCAUAUGCCGAAUGGUAAAGUCUAUGAUCCAUUGAUAGGACAAUAUAUGUCACCACUAUGGGAAAAUGUUCUCGAUCGUAUUGCGACACCAACUCAUCUUCAUUUGUAUAGAUUCAAUGGAAAUGAUCCGAUUGACGUAAGACAUGCACGGGAACGUAAUCAACCAACAGAUCACAUAUCAUGGUUAAAUUUACUGGGCUACGAUUUAAAAAGUUUAGCGCCACAACUUUUUCCCGAGCAGCUACCCGACGAUCAAGUCCCACCUUCACUUAAUCCCCAAGCUUUGAUAUUCGGUGGUAAAAAGAAGACACGAAAUCUGGGCGUUCAAUCUGGAUUUUUAGCCCACAUUUCACAGCGACACUCUGGUGACGCGGCAUCUCUACUUGCGCCACCUAGAUCAGCAUUGAAAAAAGAUCCCAGCGAGUUAAUUCCAUCACGGUUGGGCGCUGCUUCAGAUCCGCCUUUUGGUCAAGGAAUUCUCGUGUCACGAACUGCUGACGGUAAAGCCGUUGUGUCAUCUGUUCCAGCUGCCAAUCAAAUUUAUCGCGAUGUCUUCACAACUGUAUUCAACCGUUCAUAUUUCCUGCCAUUCAGUUUUGUGGUGCACAGCGCUCAGCAAGACGCAUUCUACUUUGUCAAAGAAGAAACAUGGAAGUCAAAUGAUGAUCGGGGACAACUUAAACGUCUUGGCGGACAAGUAAAUACGACAUUCCACGAGAGUGAAAAUGGUAGUGGUAGCACCGUUGAUGUUAAAAUACACGGUGCAAGUUAUGUAGUUAAUUUAAGAUACGGAACGACUGCCGAGAAAGAGAAACAGCGGCUUUUACAUCACGCAAAAAUUACCGCGAUACGGAAAGCUUGGCAUCGCGAGCGUGAUGCACUAAAAGCAAAUACUCCGACUUCCAUUGAAUGGAUGGUCGCUGAGCAAGAUGAAAUAGUUAAAGAUGGAUCAGCUUCUAAUUAUGACGGUGAAUAUAUUCAUGACGCACAAUUAUAUCCCGAAUUAGCAGAAGAUCCUUACAAUAUUAGAUUUGUUAAAAAAAUAAAUGACUCGUCGAGUAAAAAACGACGUAGGAGGAGAGGCACUUUGACAGUCUGCAAACAUUGGCGACUUGAUGGAUUAUGCUAAAUUACAAUUAAAUAGUACUAUAAUAUUAAUAAUAAUAAUAAUAAUAAUAAUAACAAUUAAAUGCAGAAUGCACAUCAACUAUCAAAAUGUUUUGUACCAAAGUCUAUUUGUGUAUUUCACAGAUGCCAAAACAAUUAAUUGAUUAAUUAAUUAAUUAAUUAUUAAUAAUAAUUAAGCCAUAGACGUAUGUCGUAAGAUAAGAAUGAGUGAUCGUUAUUGACAAGUUAUUUAUAAAUAAAUCUGGUGUGAUAAAUGAACUCUUGUGUGAGAAUUGCGUCCGAUAGCUACUUGUACAGUUGCGGUCAAUAAACUGUACCACUUAAAGUAUCUACAGUUUAGUUUAGGGCCAUUACAGGCAUCUGUGCAACACAGCUUUGCGUGAAAAAAAUAUAUAACAUACCAGAUAUUUUAAUUAACAUACGAUUUGUCAAUAAGAUUUUUUAAUAAGUGGGGAUCCUAGUCAAUAAAAUUAGCUUUACAUAACGCAGAUGCUAAUUAACCGAUGGAAAGUCAUGGAAAAUUGUAUACGAUUGAUAUUUUAAAAAUAUUGUUAAAGAUCUUAAUGACAAAUAUAUUGUUAAUUAUUGUAUUAUUUUAUUAAGUAAGACUGCAGUGAUUUAUUUAAAUGAUAAUAAUAAUUGUAAGAAUAAAAAUAAUGAUAAUUUGUAAAAUUGGCGAUCCGAAUUACACUGACUUUUAUUUUAUUUUUUUAAAUUACGUGGUGCUUUUCCUCCAGUGCUGAGUGGUGCAAUUGAUUGCUUGAUUUUAAAACAAAAUGGAUCGCAGAGACACUAAAUAAAAUAAUUUAUUUAAAUGGAGGGCGAAAGCGAUAUUUUUUAAGUGAUAGCGAUAGCGUCCAUGUACGAUGUGUUGUUCAAAGUGAUAAUGCGAAAAUGUUUUAAUAAAAAAAUUUAGAUUAUAAAAUAAAUUUAAAUUAACAAUAAAAUUAUAACUAAAACGACUUAUCAAAAGUCUACAGGCUGAUCUUACGACCGCGACAAGCGAGUAAUACCGAAUUCAUCAUUUAUCGGUAUACUGUAAUACGUAUUUAUAAAAAAAAAAAAAAAAAAAAAAAAAAAUACAUGUGCUUGCUUAUUUUAAAAAAAAGUAAAGUAAUUAAUUACUAUAAUAUAUCUUAUAAAAAUAAAUUUAAGUAUCAGUUGCUUUAAAAAGUUCUAUAAAUAUAUUCAUAUAUAUACAUAUAUAUAUUUUUAUUUAUUAAUUUUUUAAAUAUUCGAUUUAUAGUUUUUUUUACGAGAUUAUUUUUUAUGUAAAAAAACGUAUCUAGACUAUUUUUUAAAGUGUCAAAUAUCAAUCGCGUUGUUAAUAAAGUAAAUAAUUAAUUAAUAUGCAGAGUAAAUUUAUUAAUCCGAUUUUUAAAAUCUAUUUAAAUUUAUUAUAAUUUAAUAUGGAUUCUUGUUUGUAGAUUAACCUAUUCCAAUACAUAUAAACUUACUAUAGCUCAUACUAUAGUUUCAUUACUGUAGUAUAUUUAUCUAUAUAUUACAACAUGUAUUUUUAUAGGUUAAGAUAUGUAUUAUCAUAAAAAUGCAUUUAAACUUAAGCAGAUUAAAGUAAAUCUAAAUAGAUUUUAAAAAUAAGGAAGCUUAAAUAUUAAUUUAUUAUUUCAAAUUGCUUGCAUCAAUAAAUUUUUUAUAAUAAUAAUAAUAAUAAUAAUAAUAAUAUUUAUUAUUAACUGAUUAUUAAAUUCUGCAGUAGAUUUUUGCACAGAGUUAACAAGAAACACACACACACACACACAUAUACACAAAAUGAAGAUUUUGAAUUAUCGGCGCGAUAUCGAAAUUUGAGAUAAAUUGGAAGUAAAUAAUUAUCGAAGCCAGAUAAUUAAGCUAAAAUUAAAAUUUACCGUUUACUAUCACGCUGUAAACUCUUUUACCUUAACAAAACUAUAUAUAAAUAUAUAUAUAUAUAUGUAUAAUAUAUAUUUUAUUUAUAUAUUAAAUUAAAUAAUAUAAUAAAAAUAAUAACCGACUGUAUUUAUUGUAAAUAGUCACGAUGUUUGCUAUGGUAUAAUUAUAAUAAUA